CUUAAAUAGACUGCAUCAUUCUUGAGGGUCACAUCACAUGAAAUUGACGACCAAGUUGGAAAAUGAAGUCGCAAUGUUUCUCUGCUGUUUUGCUGCUGUGGCUUCUGGCCUUUUCAACUGCAUCGCAAGAUGGUAUUGUCAAAACAAGCUGCCUAACAACUUCAGAUACUAAGAUACCACAGAGGUUUCUGGACAGCUACACCAUGCAGGAACCCCCCUUGUUCUCUGUGAGGGCUGUGAGAUUUCGCACAACCAAAGGCGCCACCAUCUGCUCAGAUCCCACUUCGCUCUGGGCCAUAAAAUCUAUGAAUUACCUGGAUGGAAAGAAAAAGAAGAAAUCUCAUCCAGUCUAAAACUCCACAGAUCAUAAUUCUGUCGCGGUGGUCCCUGCGAAUUAGUCAAUCGCCAAUAUCAGCUCAAAUUUAACACAGACUUUUAUUGUUAGCUGUGAUGUAAAUAAGCUACAUGCAUAUGAUUGUUUCUUUUGAUAUUUUUGAUAUCUAUUAAUUUUUUUAAUCUCU